UUUGAAAUUGUUACAGAUAAUAAAAAGCCACAAGAUAAAUUGGCACGUAAUGCACGACGUUCACGAUUAAUUAUUCGUAAUUUAUCAUUCAAAAUUACUAGUGAAGAUUUGCAAAAAUUUUUCUCACCAUAUGGUAAUAUUGUUGAUAUAAAUGUACCGAAAAAACCGAAUGGUAACAUUAAAGGAUUUGCUUUCAUAUCCUAUGAUAAUGUUGGAUCAUCAUUGAAAGCGAUAAAAUUUUUGAAUGGAAAAAAACAUUUCAAUCGUACGGUUGCUGUUGAUUUUGCUGUUUCAAAAGAUUUAUAUGUCAAACAUCUGGAGCAGGAGAAGCAGGAAGAAGAGAAAAAUGUGAACAUCAAUGAUGAUGAUCAUCAAACAAGUGAUGAUGAUGAUGAUGAUGAUGAUGAUGAAAAAGAUGAUUCCAUUGAUGAUAAUGAAGAUGACAUCGAUGACGAUGAAGAUUUAAUGGCCGAAAGUAUUAAGAAAAAGCGUCAUCGAACCAAAAGUGAUGUAGAUGAAGGUAAAACCAUUUUCAUACGUAAUAUCGAUUUGGAAACAAGUGAAGAAUCGUUGACAAAUGCUUUUGAAUCAUUUGGUACAAUAGAAUAUUGUCGUAUCUGUUGUGAUGAUUACAACAGUAGAUCUAAAGGUUCAGCAUUCGUUAAAUUCAAAAAUCUUGAUGAUGCACGACAUUGUUUGAAGGAAGCAAAUAUUCCAGAAAACAGUAGAUUUUAUCUUGAUGGAAAACAAUUGAUCAUCACUGAAGCUGUAAGUCGUAAUCGAUUGGAACAAAUUCAUGAUGUUAAUCACCGAAAACAUAAAGAUAAACGAAAUAUUUAUCUUGCAAAAGAAGGUCUUAUAUAUCCAGAAUCGCCGGCAGCCGUUGGUGUUUCGACUUCAGAUCUCAAGAAACGUCUAUCGUUGGAGGAAAAGAAACGAAAAUUAUUGCAAAAUCUUCAUUAUUUUAUUUCUGAUCAUAGACUUUGUAUUCAUAAUUUACCUACUAAUUAUGAUGAUUUAAAGCUACGGAAAUUAUUUACCAUGGCUGUCAAUGAAAAAAAUGUUCGCAUUUUAUGGGCCAAAGUAAUGCGUAAUCGUAGCGGUCAAAUGGAUGGUCAAGGGCAAAAAAAAUUUGGUUCAUCCAAAGGUUUUGGUUUCGUUGAAUUUGAACAACAUUCGCACGCAUUGAAAGCAUUACGUUAUCUGAAUAAUAAUCCCACGAUAUUCACAGCCGAUAAAAGACCUAUUGUUGAAUUUUCAAUUGAAAAUAAAGUAGCAUUGAAUAGGAAAAAAUAUCGUCAAAUUAAACAGGAAAAAAUGAAAAACCAAAAUGAAACAAUCGAAUCAUCAUUACCGCAACAGCAACAGCAACAUUCCUCGAAUACGUACAGCGGUGUUGAAGCCAAACCAUACGAUAAAAAUGAAAUGGUGCCAAAAUUAAAAACGAAUAAAAGAAAAAUUUUGGAACAAAAGAAAAAAUUGAAACAAAUGAAAAAGAAAAUGCCAACAACAACAAUGAUAAAACUCUAUGACGCUUAG